UGAACCUUCAGCGACAGCAGCUAACAGUCUCCGCUCACCUGGUCAGUGUGUAACCAGUGUGUAACCAGCUCCAGGAUGGGCUCCGCAGGGGUGCAGAUCGUGUGCGUGGCGCUUGGGAUCCUCGGACUCGUCGCCGCCAUCGUGUGCUGCGCCAUCCCCAAAUGGAAGGAGUCGUCGUUCACGGGACAGAAUAUCGUCACGGCUGUGGUGAACCAGGAAGGCCUGUGGAUGACCUGCGUGGUGCAGAGCACUGGGCAGCAGCAGUGCAAGACGUACGACUCGCUGCUCGUGCUCUCCUCGGACCUGCAGGCGGCGCGCGCCAUGACCGUCAUCAGCUGCAUGCUGGCGGUGCUCUCUGUGCUCGUGCUCUUCGCCGGCGCCGACUUCACCACCUGCGUGGAGAACGAGGAGGCCAAGCCGCGGAUCUGCCUGGCGGCGGGGGUGGGGCUCCUGCUCGCCGGCCUCAUGCUCUUCAUUCCGGUGAGCUGGUCGGCCAGCACCAUCGUUCGCAACUUCCAGGAUCCGACCGUGCCCCAGAAAAUGGAGCUCGGUGCGUGCAUCUUCAUCGGCUGGGCCGGGGGGGUGCUGCUGCUCUUGGCCGGGGGGCUCCUCUGCUGCUUCAGCUGCCGGGGGUCCGGAGGCUCGGGCGGCACCGCCAAGUACUACAGCAACAACCCCUCCGCCCCCAGCAAGAACUACGUUUGAUGGUUGAGGGGCGUCGACAGGCCGAAGGGUAUCGUCAGCCGCUGUAAAUACACAUCCUUUAAGAAGCAGGGGGGGGAGAGCAGUACUGACUAUAGUCGAAUAUUCUUCAGUUUAUUUGGUCUCUAUAUGGGCUUUGGGGGAAAAAGCUGUAAAUACGGAACAUCUGCAGGGUGGUGCGGUCUGCUUGUGGAGCAUCUCUCAGAAUAUUUAUACAUCAUACAUUAAAAUCACAUUUGCUUUUUGCAGCAUUUUACAUUUCGCUCACUGACAGAGGCAGUGAUAUUAUUCGAUGAGCUCGCUGUGGGGGAUGUGACGUAGUACUGUUUAGUGCAUAAUAAAACUUAAAAUCAGGUAAUUUUUAACUGCUGACGCUGAUUUUAACUUGUAUCAGUUUAAUUAACUUGCAGUUUCACUUGUAUUAGGUUUAAACGCCCAACUGUAUUUA